AUUGAAUGCUCAAGUAUAUCUGACUACUCAGAAAAAAUUAUCAAGGCCAACCACUUGGACAACAUAAUCACAAUAUUUAAAGGUAAAGUGGAAGAAGUUGAAUUACCUGUGGAUAAAGUAGACAUCAUCAUCAGCGAGUGGAUGGGUUACUGUCUGUUCUAUGAGUCAAUGUUAAACACAGUCAUCUUCGCACGAGACAAGUGGCUGAAACCUGGAGGGCUAAUGUUUCCAGACCGAGCUGCUUUGUACGUGGUAGCAAUUGAAGACAGACAGUACAAGGACUUCAAAAUUCACUGGUGGGAGAAUGUGUACGGCUUUGACAUGACCUGUAUUAGGGAUGUUGCCAUGAAGGAGCCUUUGGUGGACAUAGUAGAUCCAAAGCAAGUGGUGACCAAUGCCUGUUUAAUAAAGGAAGUAGAUAUUUAUACAGUGAAGGCUGAAGAAUUGGCAUUUACUUCUGCAUUCUGCCUCCAGAUUCAGCGUAAUGAUUACAUUCAUGCCUUGGUCACCUAUUUUAAUAUCGAAUUUACAAAGUGCCACAAGAAGAUGGGAUUUUCUACAGCACCUGAUGCUCCCUAUACUCAUUGGAAGCAAACUGUCUUCUACUUAGAGGACUAUUUAACUGUGAGACGAGGAGAAGAAAUCUAUGGGACUAUAUCCAUGAAACCAAAUGCAAAAAAUGUGCGUGACCUGGAUUUCACAGUAGACUUGGAUUUUAAAGGACAGCUGUGUGAAAUGUCAGUAUCUAAUGACUACAAAAUGCGCUAGCAAGAAACCUUUCAGCAAGAUGAAAAGGAGAAUUUUGUCAAGUCCUGAACUGCUGAACUUCAAGCUAGGAACAACGGUUCACAAGAUUAUUAUAUUAAAUGUUUACUCUGAUGGAAAGUGGUAACCUCAGCCUUCUUGCAGACAGUACAAGGGGCUGGGAUCCCACUGUACAGUAUACAGAAUUGUAGCUUUUGUCAAACAUAUAGGAAAAAUAGGCAACAGUCUUU